AUGAGGUGGCUACUCUCCAGUGGGCUCGUUGCCCUCCUCGCAACAACGUCAACAUGCUGGCCGUACGACGAGUCUUUACUUCAGUACAAUCUUAACCAGAAUAAGACGGCCACAAACCCUGCCGACUAUUGGGGAGAAUGGCCAGAACAUACAGGGAAAUACCACCCGUCCCCGGAUAACUGGCGAUUCCCAUUCUAUACACUCUUCUUGGACCGCUUCGUAAACGGCGAUCCUACUAAUGAUAAUAUCAAUGGCACAUUAUUUGAGCAUGAUUUGGAUUCAACUCAAAUGCGCCAUGGUGGUGAUGUUGCUGGCUUGCUUGAUACGUUGGACUACCUGCAAGGAAUGGGCAUCAAGGGCCUCUAUCUCGCAGGAACCUCAUUGAUGAACCAGCCUUGGGGAUUCGACGGGUAUUCGGCUCUUGAUACAACCCUCCUCGAUCAACAUUACGGUACCAUUCAGGUUUGGCGCGAUGCUAUCACCGAAAUUCACAAGAGGGGGAUGUAUGUUCUGUUCGACAACACAAUCGCCACUAUGGGUGAUCUCAUCGGAUUCGACGGAUAUCUCAACACCACGACGCCCUUCUCCGAGAAGGAGCACAUGACAACCUGGAAGAGCGAUCGUCACUACGUGGACUUCGACAUUGGAAACACUUAUAAUGAGACUUGCGAUUAUCCCCGUUUCUGGUUCGAGAAUGGGUACCCUGUCAACGAAUCUCAGACCGCCGACCUCGUUGGUUGCUACGAUAGCGACUUUGAUCAGUAUGGUGACAUUGAGGCUUUCGGUGUGUUCCCAGAUUGGCAGCGUGAGCUUGCAAAAUUCGCAUCCGUACAGGAUCGUCUGCGUGAAUGGUAUCCGAGCGUGCGAGAGAGAUUGAUCCGUCAUUCUUGCAUGAUCAUCGCCUCUCUGGAUAUCGAUGGCUUUCGAUACGACAAGGCCACCCAGGCUACGGUUGAUGCGCUUGGAGAGAUGUCUCUCGCGUACCGAGAGUGCGCCCGUGCUGUUGGAAAACAGAACUUCUUCAUUGCUGGUGAAAUCACAGGUGGAAACACCUUCGGUUCUAUCUACCUGGGUCGUGGUCGGCAACCAAACCAAUAUCCUAAGACCACAGCCGACGCUAUGGCGUUGACCAACGAGUCUGAUUCUCAGUGGUUCCUGCGUGAGAUUGGCCAUGAGGCGAUCGACGGUGCGGCUUUCCAUUAUUCGACAUACCGUGCCCUGACUAGAUUCCUCGGGAUGGACGGUCAGCUUUCUGCUGGCUACGAUGUGCCCAUUGACUGGGUUAAUGCGUGGAAUGAGAUGCUCACCUCGAACGAUUUGGUUAAUGCAAACACCGGCAAAUUCGAUCCUCGACACAUGUUUGGCGCAACCAACCAGGACGUUUUCCGUUGGCCUGCAAUCCAAUUUGGUGUGCAACGCCAGUUGCUCGGCUCAUUUGUGACGACUAUCUUGAUCCCUGGUAUUCCGCUUCUUCUCUGGGGUGAAGAACAGGCCUUUUAUGUCUUAGACGCAACUGCAUCCAACUAUAUCUAUGGUCGACAGGCGAUGUCCGCUGCAACUGCCUGGAAAACACACGGAUGUUUCUCAUUGCAAUCCUCUCAGUACUUCCAGUGGCCCCUUGAAGCUGCCACAGAGGGGUGCAAAAGCGACAAUGUUACCUAUGACCACCGUGACCCAUCGCAUCCGGUUCGCAAUAUCAUGAAGCACAUGUAUCAGCUCCGUGAACAGUUCCCCGUUCUCAACGAUGGAUACACACUUUUGAACAUGUCCAAGCAGACGUGGGACGUAAUAUAUCCUGGUUCCAACGGGACAGUCACCGAAACUGGAAUGUGGUCUGUUCUUCGUAACCUUAACACUGAAGUCCAAGAUUUCGGCUCCGAUGCCAAAAAUUCACCCGUCUGGCUCGUCUACCAGAAUGUCAAUCGCACUAUGGACUAUACAUUCAACUGCAAGAGCAACGACACUGCUCUCCUAUCUCCCUUUGAUACGGGUACUCGGGUCAAGAAUCUCUUCUACCCUCAUGAUGAGAUUGAGUUGGUGGAUGGACCCCGGAAACUUGGCCUGAACGGAUCAACAGAAUGGAAUGGUUGCUAUCCUAACCUCACACUAAAGGCAUACGAGUUCCGUGCAUACGUCCCCGUUUCUCUGUUCCAAAAACCUCGGCCCAUGAUCACCCAGUUCCAUCCUGGUCAUGAUGUUCCUAUGCACUCGACCGUGGCUCCAAAUGAGGCGGAGGAUGUGGAAAUUGAACUUUACUUCUCUGAAGCCAUGGACUGUGACUCUAUCACGAACAACUUGUCCAUUAAUUCGUCGACUGAGGUCGGAAAGUCCCCCACCGUCAACAUCAAGACAGUCCAUUGCACCGACGCUGCUUCUGAGAACCUCACCUACACCGGGCAAAUUCCAAGCGUUUGGAAGUGGACCGCGAACCUGACCGGCGUGUACAACGGAGUCCACAGGCUGACUGUGAACAACGUUACCAAUGCCGGAAAGAAUGCGUCUACGAACGCAGUUGAUCACUUCCUAUUCCGCAUUGGCCAGGUUGACAACCCUAUGGUCUUUUCCUCUGCCAACUACUCGAGCAGUCUACUCCACCAGGAAGAUGGUAACACCACUCUUUUCAUCCAACACCAUGCCGCUGGUGCCGACAAAUACCGGUACUCUACCAACUGGGGAACAACCUUCUCCGACUGGAUAGACUACAAGGGUGGCAAUGACACAAUUGAUCGCCUGGCCUGGUCUGGCACCAAGAAGCAGGAUUGGAAGGGUGAUCAUGUGCGCGUUGAGUACUGGAGUCGCUGGACGGGCAGCAGUUCCUAUGUGCAAGAAGGCGAUACCAACUGGCAUCAGACAACUCAGCGCCGCUUCCCUCAUGCCUUCUUCAACGGCCCAUACAACCAGUAUGGAUAUGAUGGCGGUCUUGACAAUGAGAUCCAGCUGGACUCGCUGGAUGGCUACUGGAAGUACCAUUUUACCUCCGAAUGGCCUGCCGUUGGACAAAUCAACAUCUGGGGUGUCAACCCGGAUGGAAAGCCAGACCAAAGUUGGGUGCUGGGUGAUAUGGACAACGAUAGCGUGCUGGAUCGGAUGCCUCCGUCGUCUCUUUCGAGCACACUGAUCAACAUCACCGAGCCUCCACCUGCACCCUACCUCUCGUGGAGGCUCCAGAUCAACGAUGGUACUCAGCGUUUCCAGCUCCUGCCUGUUGGACACAGAUAUAUCCAGAUCAUCAUGUUCGUUCUGUUCUGGAUCAUUCCUACCUUGACCGGUGCGGCCUGUGUCUACAUCUUCAUGAUGUCCUUCUACAAGGUUAAGUUCAACGAAAUGGGUGUCAGCGAAAAGCAGAGUAUUUCCCCGAUGGUCUUCUUGAAGAAGCUUGCCUCCGGUCGCUCUGGCGAAAACUCAAUCAAUCCACUCCUGCGUGCCGCCAACAAGACUGGAUUCAUGCAAAGCACUACAGCGCUGGAAGCUGCUGGAGCUUCUGGUAAACGCCGCAUGGUUUUGAUUGCUACUAUGGAGUAUGAUAUCGAGGACUGGGGCAUCAAAAUCAAGAUCGGCGGUCUUGGUGUGAUGGCCCAACUGAUGGGCAAGACUUUGGGUCACCAAGAUCUCAUUUGGGUCGUUCCCUGUGUGGGUGGUGUUGACUAUCCAAUCGACCAAGAAGCAGAGCCUAUGGAGGUUACCAUCUUGGGCAGUGCCUUCCAGGUCAAGGUUCAGUACCACCGUCUUAACAACAUCACUUACGUGCUCCUUGACGCUCCGGUUUUCCGUCAGCAAUCAAAGACCGAGCCAUAUCCCGCUCGCAUGGACGAUUUGGACAGUGCUGUAUACUACUCAGCAUGGAAUCAGUGUAUCGCCGAAGCUAUCAAGCGUUUCCCCAUCGAUCUUUACCACAUCAACGAUUACCACGGUUCUGUCGCUCCCCUCUACCUUCUUCCAGAGACCAUUCCCGCCUGUCUGUCUCUCCACAAUGCCGAGUUCCAGGGUCUUUGGCCCAUGCGUACUCAGAAGGAGAGACGGGAAGUCUGCCAGGUCUUCAACUUGGAUGAGGACGUCGCUCGCAAGUAUGUGCAAUUCGGUGAGGUUUUCAACCUUCUUCACGCCGGUGCUAGCUAUCUUCGGGUCAAUCAACAAGGUUUCGGUGCCGUGGGAGUCUCGAAGAAGUACGGUAAACGCUCAUAUGCUCGUUAUCCAAUUUUCUGGGGUCUGCGCAAGGUUGGCAAUCUGCCUAACCCGGAUCCCUCUGAUGUUGGAGAGUGGACCAAGCAACCUAUUACAGAGGCGACCGUCGAUCCUGAAUACGAGGCCGGUCGUGCUGAGUUGAAGCGUCAGGCUCAAGAGUGGGCUGGUCUUGAGCAAAACCCGGAUGCUGACCUUCUUGUCUUUGUCGGUCGUUGGUCUAUGCAAAAAGGUGUCGAUCUCAUCGCUGAUGCUAUGCCUGCGGUUCUAGAGGCACGUCCCAACGUGCAACUCAUUUGUAUCGGUCCUGUGAUCGACCUUUACGGUAAAUUCGCCGCGCUCAAGCUCAGUCGCUGUAUGGAGAUCUACCCUGGUCGUGUCUUUUCCAAGCCCGAGUUCACUGCUCUCCCUCCGUUCAUCUUCUCUGGAGCCGAAUUCGCCCUUAUUCCGUCUCGUGAUGAGCCUUUCGGACUUGUCGCAGUGGAGUUUGGUCGUAAGGGAGCCUUGGGUAUUGGAGCACGCGUUGGAGGUUUGGGUCAAAUGCCUGGCUGGUGGUAUAACGUGGAAUCCAUAUCUACAUCCCACCUUCUGAUGCAAUUCAAGCUUGCAAUCGAUGCUGCGCUGAACUCCAAGACGGAAACCCGUGCAAUCAUGCGUGCCAGAUCUGCUAAACAGCGUUUCCCCGUGGCUCAGUGGGUGGAGGACCUUGAGAUUCUCCAAUCCACGGCAAUUGCAGUCCACGGAAAGGAAGUCUCCAAGGGCCACGGCCGCCCUCUUACGUCGUCUGGCACCAGCACUCCUAACGGUACAUUGAAAUCUGUCAACAUGGGCGUGACCCCAAUGAGCCCCCUGCCUGCCCCGGGAAUGAAUGCAUCAUUGCAACAUUCCAGAGAUAGCAGUUACUCGAGCUUCAACCAGGUCAGCGAUCUGGGUUCUCAUAGAGUCUACAGUCGUGAUAUCAGUCCUUCGGAAACUGAACUGCCCAAGUCUGGCCUGAGCCGUUCUCUCUCCCUGGGUGUUCGCUCCGGCCCUGGUCAUCGCUCUCGUCGUGGACGCAGUGGCAAGACCGAGGGUGAGAUCCCAGAGUCUGGAGAAAGCAGCGAUGCGGUGGAUGAAACCGACGAUGAGGAGAGAGCCCACAGUGUAUACGGUGAUGACGAGUACACUCUCACUCCUGCGCAGGUCGAAGAAAGCCGACGGGCACAAGCUCAGAGAGAUAUUGUCUCGUACUCUUCUCCUCUGUCUUCCCCUCGACGCCGCCUCAGCGAAGAGUCUUUGCAUCCCCGAUUCCUCUUGCCUCAAACCAGUCCCGGUACGCCUCCUGUCUCGGAUCAAAUGCUUCUUCCCCCUCGUCCUUUGGGCGAAAGUCACCGCUACAGUAAUGCCUCGGUUCUUUCUCUUGAUUCUGUCGUUGGUGGUAAGAAGGAUUUCAAGCUGCAGAAGGUUGAUCCAUUCUUCACUGACGGCACUGGCGAGUAUUACCACAAUUUUGAGCAGAAAUUGCAGAGUCUGAAUGGUUCCAAUUCUGAAGGUCAACUGUGUAUCGAGGAGUUCUUGGUCAAGAGUGAGCAAGAGUGGUUCGACAAAUUCCGUGACGCUAAAUUGGGUCGUUACAAAUCACCCACGCCAUCUGUCUUCCGGGCAAAGAACAAUGCCUCGCCUGCCGACGAGUCCUACAAUGAAGGUCUUUCUCAUAUCGCUCUGACCGACGAAUAUGAUUCCGAUGGCGAUGAGUUCUUGCUGGGCAAGGAUUACGUUCCCCCAACAGGACUUAAGAAGUGGAUGCAGAUCAAGGUUGGCGAUUGGCCUGUGUACUCGAUUUUCCUCGCUCUGGGUCAGAUCAUCGCUGCAAACUCAUACCAGAUCACCCUUCUCACGGGUGAGGUGGGUGAGACUGCCGAGAAGCUGUACGGUAUCGCGACCACCUAUGCAGUGACCUCCAUUUGCUGGUGGAUGGUGUACCGGUACUUCAAAUCUGUCGUUUGCCUUUCCACUCCCUGGUUCUUCUACGGCCUUGCUUUCUUGUUGAUUGGCUCCGCUCACUUCGAACAAAAUUCAUUCAAUCGCGGAUGGAUUCAAAACAUUGGAAGCGGAUGCUACGCUGCGGCGUCUUCCAGCGGAUCUAUCUUCUUUGCGUCGAACUUUGGUGAUGAGGGUGGUGCUCCUGUCGAAACCUGGAUUUUCCGCGCUUGUGUUAUCCAGGGAGUUCAGCAGGCAUAUGUCAUUGCGCUUUGGUAUUGGGGCUCGACUCUGAGCAAGGCUUCCAGCGAGGGGCUUUUGAGCUCCGACAACACUAUUUCCAACACCUGGAAGAUGACGGCCAUCUGUUACCCAAUUGCCAUACUUCUCUGGGCAAUCGGUCUUCUCCUGGUCUUCGGUCUGCCCAACUACUAUCGCCAAAAGCCUGGCAAGGUUCCAUCUUUCUACAAGUCUCUGUUCCGUAGAAAGAUUGUUCUUUGGAACUUUGUGGCCGUCAUCCUGCAGAACUUCUUCCUGAGUGCGCCAUACGGCCGCAACUGGAGCUUCCUGUGGAGCUCUACCCACGCCCACGCAUGGCAGAUCGUCAUUCUCUGCGUUGUCUUCUUCGGAGCUGUUUGGUGUAUCUUCCUCUUCAUUAUCAGCAGAUUCUCAAAGACGCACAGCUGGUUCCUUCCCGUGUUCGCUUGUGGUCUGGGUGCACCUCGAUUUAUCCAAAUCUGGUGGGCCAUUUCUGGCAUCGGCUACUAUCUUCCCUGGGUUGGUGGAGGAUUUACUGGCGGAGCACUUGCUUCGCGUAGUCUGUGGUUGUGGCUGGGAGUCUUGGACUCGAUUCAAGGCCUCGGCUUCGGUGUCAUUCUUUUGCAGACCUUGACACGGGUGCACAUGUGUUUUGCGCUCAUUGCCUCUCAAGUGCUGGGUUCCAUUGCAACCAUCUGUGCCCGAGCCUUCGGUCCUAACAGCGUUGGCCCGGGACCCAUCUCCCCUGACAUGACCAAGGGUGCCCACGCUUUGGCAGAUGCCUGGUUCUGGGUUGCCUUGUUCAGUCAGCUCCUUGUCUGUGCCGGCUUCCUGCUCUUCUUCCGGAAAGAGCAACUUUCCAAGCCCUAA